AUGUGCACUGUGAACUGUUUGACAGAAACGAAUCGACAAUCGAAAAGUGCUUGUUUUGAUCCGACAAUAACAACUAAACGUGCAUUACGAAAAAGGACGCUUUCUUUGUUCAUUAAAUUGCCAAGUAGAGUCUCAACUGAAACCAAAAACAAACUUUCCAAGCAAGGUAAUUCAACAUAUUCGUAUUCCAGUCAGCCAAAAGUUGCUCAACGACAACGAUUCAAAUUUCGACCAACAGUAGUUCCACCUACAAAUGAAUCGAUUUCGGUGGGAAAUCUUAUGUACGACCGUCGUAUCGUUCGUGGAAAUACCUAUGCUAUGCAUUCGCUUCCGACACAAACUCCACUAAAUCUAAUCACUAUUCAACGUCAACAGGAAGCAAAACAACGUGUUGCCGCUCGACGAAAAGCUCGGCAAUUCUUUCGAACUGCAACCCCUGAGCCAGUUCAAGAUCGUAAGCAUAUCAAUGUGCAAACUGAACUUUAUCUCGAAGAACUCACUGACCGAGUUGAAGAGGCAGACGUAUUUAUUCAAACAGAUCGAUUUCUCGACCGACCCUCGACACCAUUGUACAUUCCGCAAGCGACUGGUAGAGAUACUGCUACACAGAUCGAAACCGGCGAUUUAUUCAAUUUCGAUGUGGAAGUCCGACCGCUUGUUGAGGUUCUUACUGGACGAACUGUUGAACAAGCUUUGGUUGAAGUUGCUCAGGAAGAAGAGAUGAGAAGAAUGCGUGAUCAACAACGAGACUACGAAGAGUUGCGUAAUGCAGAAUUGGUUGAAUUACAACGAUUUGAAGAACAAGAGAAACGUUUGCGUACGGAAAAAGAUCGUCGUAUGCAACAAGAAGAAGAAGUACAUCGGGCAGAACGUGAAGCUCAAGAGAAAAUUGCCGCUCGAGCUUUCUCACGAGCGUAUUUACAAGAUCUUGUACCAAGUGUAUUCAACAAUCUGAAAGAAAAUGGCUAUUUCUACGAUCCUGUUGAACGCGAAACGGAAACGUCAUUUAUACCUUGGUUGAUGGAUCAAACUAUGACCCAAGUAAAUCAAUUAAAUAUUAGUCGAACACUGCUCGAUUCGACAAUUCGAGAUGCUGUUAAUCAACGUGUGGAUCAAUAUCAACGAUUGAACGAUUCACUUCAACAAUCAAAUCAUAAUGGUUCCAGACAGAGCAGUCGUCAUGGUUCGGAGAAAAACCUUCAACGACAAAAAUCGACUUCCAGUGACCACCGAGCAUCCAAGGAAUGA